AGAUUUCCAGCCCAGUCUGGCAACACCGGCUGAGGUACGUAUCGGGCCAGUGUUGCCAGAUUGGCUGGGAAAUCGUGCCUAAUGUGGCCAAACUGAAGCAUUACUUCCAUCCAACACGACUCGAAUGCACCAUGCGCAGCUAGUCGGAUAGCCGGAGAGGUGGCUCGUUGUCUUGGGACCAAACCGUAGCUUGUUGUUGACUUAUUGCUUAAAAACAAACAUGAGCAUGUGCCCGAGUAGAUGGAUGUCUCCGUAAAACCAGGAAGAAAUCGCGUGUCUGUCAUGCUCACUCCACCAACCUCCCAGAUGGACGGGGUUCCCCCCCUCCCCGCCCCUACCCUCUCCUCUCCGGGUCGUGGAUGGGACCUCGGAGCAACCUGGGUGGUCAGGGACCAUAAUAUCACUCAACGUGACCAUGAUGAGGCCAGUCAUCACCUUUACGUUGAGGAAGUCAUUCAUCAACGCCAGGACUGUGUCGGUCGUCACCUUGACGUUGUGGGUCAUCACCAUGAGAACGACGUGGGUCAUCACCGUGACAUCGACGUGGGUCAUCACCGUGACAACAAUGUCGGUCAUCACGCUGACAACGAUUUGCGUCAUCACUGUGACGAUGUCAGUCAGCAACAUGAAAACAAUCUAGGAGUUACGCCCCCAAACUCCACCAGACCACCCCUCCAGGACAGGCGGCCUGGCCUGUCGGAGGAGCAGCAGCUCCUCCCCCUCAGUCUCCUUAAGGAGGCGCUGGCGCCCCUCUGUCUCCGUCUGGCUGCUGUGGAGGCCGGGCUCGAACGCUUGUGGCUCCACCUGCCUCUGCUAGUCAUGCAAAGGGGUGGGAUUAUGCUGGAUGAGGGCGGGGCCAUGUCAGGGGGCAUGGCCAGGAAGAAUAGAACCAAAGGGGCGGCACCAUGCACGGAGACCACGGCCCCCGUCUCCUCCACCAGGACCUGUGUGUCGCCUCUAUUGAAACCAACGCCCUCCCGCCUGACCUGCAGGACACGCCGAGAAACGGCAACGCCCUGCCUCACAACGGGAGGGCCCUCCAACCUGACCUCUAUUUUGCCCCCGGCAACAGUAACGCCCUCCUUAGCUACAGGAGCACCUUCCCACCUGACCCGGGCAUUGUCCCUAGCAACAGGAACUCAAACCCUAUCAAUGGGAAUGCCCUCCCACAUGACUUGUCCAUUGCCCCUUAGCACAAGAACACCCUCCCUAGCAACGGUAACGCCUUCUCACCUGAACUGUAAGUCGCCCAUAGCAACAGAAGUGCCCCUUUUAGCACCUAGAUUGCCCUCCCUAACAACAGGAACGCCUUCAAUAGCGACGGGGAGGCCCCACCUAGCAGUGGGGUGUCCCUCCAUCCUGGUCUGCAGGUCGCCGCUAGCAACGGGUGCUGUGACGACUCAGAGAGCAGGUUCCAGCACCAUGGGGGAGGAGCUUAAGUCCACUGCGCUGGAAGGGGAGGUGCCCGCUAAAGGGAAGAGGAGGUGGUCUUUGAACGGGGGACAUUUUCAAUUGAAAAAGACUGCUGGUGGCGGCAGCAAGCCGAUGUCAGGAGAAAAAGGAGGCGGGUCCUCAGGACAGCGGAAGGAGCUAAAGGGAUUUAAGAAGAGAAGAGUCUGCAGGGACAUUCCCAAUUCCUGUCCCGCUGCUUCAGGGGUAACGUCCAAUGCGACCAUCGUCCAAUCACAGUGUUCUAUUCCACCUCUCCAUCAAUCAAGUAAUAUGCUGUUGCCAUGCGGCCAAUCUCGGCUCCCCCUCUCGCACUGCUUAGACAAAUCAGUGAGCUCUCGCGUCCCUGGCCGUUCGUGGCCCAACGGUGCCACUCAUAACGUCCUGUUUGUUGGAGACAAUCCACUAUGCCAAACAUGUCCAACAGACCCUACGGCACAGUCUGACCAAUCACAAGACAUCUUGUGCAGCCAUUCAGUCAGUUACUCCGCACCACCUCCUUGCCAAUCUGAGACCUCUUCGCCACCUCCCGGCCAAUCAGAGACCUCCACACCAUCUACAAGCCAAUCAGGGACUCCCAUCUCCUGUUUGUUCUGGUCAGGCUCCACCGCAGGCCAAUCAGGAUGCUGCUUCUUUUCCCUCCGCUCACCACAGGGCCGAUCACUAACCGCCCUUCAAAUCAACUCACCUCAUGUCUCCAUGACGACAGGCCUUCGGCUCCGCCCUCUUCAUGCGCUUGUCCACCUCUCGCCCGUUGCCAUAGAGACAGCCAGACUUUGUCUCCUAGCGACAGCGGGCCAAUGGCCUCCAGAACGCCCGCUGAGAGACCGGACAGCCCCGCCCGGCCUGGGUAACGACCACAGUUAUGGAAAACCUUUGGCCCCAAAGUGCAGCUCUGUAAGGUCCCUCUCCAGAUGUUCCCAUCGGCUGAAGAGGCUCGGGGCUCACGGCUCAUUGGCCGACGGAGCGGCCAGCAGCACGGCUUCAAGCCAAUCACCGGCUCCCGCUGCCGCAGAGCGCCAACGGAAGACUGGACCACGGAAGACCGGACAGGUCACGCUUGACCUGGACCUGAAGGUCCGGAUCAAGCGUGUAUCUGAAAUCCCAAUCAGGAAGUCGAUGCCCAAACGAGACGCUGAGCUGACGCCCAUGGGCCUCCCCCGACCCAAGAGACUAAAGAAGAAAGAGUUUAGCCUGGAGGAGAUUUACACCAAUCAGAACUAUCGGUCGCCUAGCAACAACAGCUUGGAGACUAUAUUCGAGGAGCCACGGGAGCGAGGUGGGCGUGUCCUCUGCAUGGCUCACCAAAAGAGGCCACGCCUCUUAGACUUUAGCCACGCCCCCAGGCCGAGAAGACGUCGCCUUGGACCAGCUGGAAGUGGACUCAUCUCCACGGCUCUGCUGACGUCAUCCAUGCGCUCGUCAGCAGUGACUCGCAGGCGUUGCCGUGCCAACGGGGGCCUGGCUGGCGAUGAGGAGGAGGAUGCUGAUGUGAGGCUGGUGGAGCGACUGAGCGCACUCGAGGACUUUCUAUCUCGCAGCGGAUUGGAUUAGCUGUGAUUGGAUGAGGUGUGAUUGGAUGAGAUGAGAUGGGAUUUUACAAAUUGUGAUUUCUCUCCAAGACAUAUUCAUUUAAUUAAAUGUUUUAUUUAUUAUAAUUGGAUUGGUGUCUACCUUUUUACAGAAUAUGUGAUUACUAACGGUUUUCUGUUCUUGCCAAUUUUAAAUGAUGAAAGAAAAUGCAUUGUUCUAGACUUUUCAUAUUUUAAGUUGUUAAACAUCGAAGUUUGGAAUAUGGUAUCAAGUUUUCACAUAAUCUUGUUAAUUGUUUUCUUUGGAAGGUGCAGUAGGUAUUAAGUGAGUUGUAACGAAAGAGAGCUGAAGAGAGCAUCAUUUAGAAACUAAAAUACCGAAAGAAGUCCCCUCCUUCUCUUCUCCUAGUUGCAUGUCAAUCACAUAGCUGUGAUUGACAUGCAGGAUGGAUUAUCUUAACCAAUCAGGAAAUGGAUGACCUUAUAGAUCAGAAAUGACCUGGAAGCUUUCUAGUGCAGGCGCAUGAACUCGAAACAGGUAUUCUUACAGAGCAGGCCAGGCCAUUUGUAACAAUUUGCACAAAAAUUAUAGCUCAGAUAGUGUGUGAAAACGGUCAACGGCCACGGCCAGAUGGCACUGGCAGAUUUGAGCACGGUUAGGUGUGAAAACGGCCAAGGCCACGGCCAGAUGGCCUAGUGUGAGUGCACCCUUAAAACGUUCCUACAGCACCUUUUUAAAGGUACAAUAUGUAACCUAAACAUCAAGCCGUUCAAUUAGAAGUACAGUCCCAAUUCAUCCUAUUUGAGCUCACGCCGAUUGCCAGGUGGUGUGUUCAGGGACACUGAACACACAAGAGCAAGACGAGCCAAGCGCUACAUUAUUCUUUGACAAUGACAAGCAACGACGAGUCCUACACUGGAAGGUGAUCCGCUAAUGGAUACGUGUUUCAUUUAUUUAUUGUUUGCAAAUUAUAAACCAGUUUAUGUGG